CUCCAAUGAACUCUUGAACUACAAUGGAGAGCGAUGGUGCAGCGGGCCAGAUACCAGGUUCAAACGCAGCUUUGCUGAGCUUGGUGGACAGGAUUCUGCGGCUUACUCAGCAUGACCAGGUCACCCUGGCACUGACCAGCAUGGAUCGGGAGCAGUUGCAAUAUCGCGCUACGGAGGCCUCCCAGACGUUGUUCCUUUGCAACCACACAGACAGAGCUGAAGCGCAGAGGCCUGCGGAGGCAAGUAUACCAUCUCUUUGUGGCUUGGCGGUGGAGUGUAUCAAUGUGGUGGAACGUGCAGAGCUGUCCACAGUCCUGGCACGGCUGGUCACCGCGGGGUGUGAGGUUCUUGCUGCUUUGCUUUUGCCUUUGGCAGAUGGCCAGGCCUGCAGCUUCGAUUGGGUCAGAGAGACCCUGGAGGACCUGUCUGAUCAAAUUGACUUCCUGGCACUAGAGGUCUACUGUGGGCUCGGUCGGCUCGAAAGCAAAGUUCUUGAGUCAGAUGAGCUUCCUGUUGUCUUGGAUCCUAUUGAGGAUGACUUCGGCGCAUACUGGGGCUCGAUUGAACACCGGCAGGCGCUGCAAGAGCUUUCAGCCUGGCUCAUGUGUGUGCUCUUCAGGGCUCUUGGCUACUCCUCGGUCACAGCUGGUGGCUUGAUGGAGUUUGUGAACCACGACCUCCUUUGCCUUUGCUCUCUACUACGAGGCCUGUUCGCAGUGCGAUCUGAUGACAGCUCCCUACCGCAUGACACUGGUGAGAUUCAAGGCGUAGCCCUUCUGGCACUUUGCGGCCUCACAGCCCCAGACUUGGCCUUCCACCGCAGCGACGGAAGCGAGGGAGACAUCCACGAGCAGAAUCGUGCUCUCAACUUUUACUUGGAGGUGCUAGGAGCCGCCAUGGUGGAGACGGGAGUGCUGGAGUCCGCGGUGGAUGCUGCUUUGGUACGCAGUGGUGGCUUCGCCAAGGAAGGUGCAGCGACUGGUUUCAAGUUCUUUCAGUUCUUAUCCUCACUUUUGGCGCCGGUGGCCGCACCAACCCGAGAGGUUCCCCAUUCGCCUUUGUUGAAACUCCGAGCACAUGUGCAUCGAAUAGCGGACAAGCUAGGUCGCCUGCUUGAGGCGGUCCUUGCACAAGGCUUUGACAGCAAUAUCAGCCUUCGCGAGCUGCUUGCAAGUUGUGCUUGCUUGGCUGCGGCAUUGGUUUCACAGAGUGGAUUGGCUGAAGGGUGCUCCGACGACCACUUCACGCUUAGCUGCCGAUUGCUGGUGACCACCUGCUGUGACGCUCCAAACCUGGGCUGCGCUGAGGUGGGCGACCGAGCAGCCACGUUGGCUGCUUUGGGUGCAUUGGCCUGCAAUGUGGGCGAUCUGGACUAUGUGAGUCCAAGAUUCAGUGAGUACAUCAGUCUUUUGCCUGCAGAUGACAUUGCAAGAGCCCGAAUGCGUCUUACACGACAUGACCGCUAUGGCUUAGUGCUUACACCAGCGGGUGACAACCUGCUAGCUCUUUUUGGCACGGCCCCAGUGCCGGCACCCAAAGUGGUGCCAGCAGAGCCGCCGCCAGCGAAACCAGGACUGCGCGAUAUUGUGCAGAAUGCGCCGAAGGAUUUACGAUGCGCUCUUGACCAGAAGCUGCUUUGUGACCCUGUUGUAUCUCCAGGUGGGUUGGUCUUCGAGCGUUCCACAUUAGCGAGGUGGUUGCAGAAAAGUGGGACUUGCCCUGUGACGGGUGAAGCGCUUCGCCUGGAGGACUGUUCCCGCUCACCUGACCUGCGAAAGAAGGCUGGAACUGGCACCUUUGGGUUCCCCCAACUUGAGGUGUUCAAAACCCGGGCUAAGCGGCUUAGACGGGUGAUUGCUCCUUUUUUGUGCCGUGAUGUUUGGAUGAAGCUUUGAGGUUACUGAGUGGGUGCGGAAUGAGGCCCGCAGGGAUGGAACGCGAAAGUCAUGAAAAAAAACAGCGCCAUUGGCUGGUGGACGGGCAAAGGAUGAGGCAAAGCGUGGCAGUUGACUCGUUGACCAUCCCCAAUGUACACUAUGUAGCGAGUAAAUAUAUAGUGAGUUUGCAACAUGGACUAUGUCGAGUCUCAAUGGCUCAACCUAGAUUCCAGUCACGAAGUGGGUUGAAGUUCACAAGGUUGGAAUAAACUGCAUGCCAAGGAAUUCCUGCAUCGUUUUGGC